UCCAAGCCGCUGCCUGGGGCACUGUGUCUCAGCCGCGCCACCUAGCACUGCAGGAGAGGCCCCCGCCGUGCCGCCCACCAUGCCGGAACUCACCGCCAAAGUCACCAAGACGCUGAACAGAACCACGCCCGGGCUGCAGAUCUGGAGAAUCGAGAAAAUGGAGAUGGUGCCGGUGCCUCCCAAAAGCUACGGGAACUUCUACGAAGGGGACUGCUACGUGCUGCUGGCGACGCACAAGACCGGGAACAGCUUCAGAUACGACAUCCACUACUGGCUGGGCCGGGAGUCGUCGCAGGACGAGCAGGGGGCGGCCGCCAUAUACACCACGCAGAUGGACGAGCACCUGGGCGGGGUGGCCGUGCAGCACCGCGAGGCCCAGGGCAACGAGAGCAACGUCUUCAAGGGCCACUUCAAACAGGGACUCAUCUAUAAGAAGGGUGGCGUCGCCUCGGGCAUGAAGCACGUGGAGACCAACACGUACAACGUGCAACGGCUGCUGCACGUGAAGGGCAAGAAGAACGUGGUGGCUGGAGAGGUGGAGAUGAGCUGGAACAGUUUCAACCAGGGGGACGUUUUCCUGCUGGACCUGGGCAAGCUCAUCAUCCAGUGGAACGGGCCGGAGAGCAAUCGCGCCGAGAGGCUGAAGGGCAUGAACCUGGCCAAGGACAUCCGGGACCGUGAGCGGGGCGGGCGUGCCCAGGUGGCUGUGGUAGAUGGCGAGGACGAGGCGACCACCCCGGAGCUGAUGAAGAUUCUCACCCAUGUGCUGGGGGACCGGAGGGAGAUCAAGCCAGCCAUCCCCGACACCGUGGUGGACCAGAAGCUGAAAACCAUUCUCAAGCUCUACCAUGUUUCCGAUGCUGAGGGGAACCUGGUAAUCCAAGAGGUCGCCACCCGCCCCCUGACCCAAGAUCUGCUGCAGCACGAGGACUGCUACAUUCUCGACCAGGGUGGCCUGACCAUCUACGUCUGGAAAGGCAGGAAGUCCACCAAGGAGGAGAAGCAGCAGGCCAUGAGCAGAGCCCUGGGGUUCAUCAAAGCCAAGAACUACCUGCCCAGCACCCGCGUGCAGACCGAGAACGACGGGGCCGAGUCGGCCAUGUUCAAGCAGCUCUUCCAGAAAUGGACCGUCAGCAACCAGAGCAGCGGCCUGGGCAAGACCCACAGCCUGGGCAAAGUGGCCAAAGUGGAGCAGGUCAAGUUCGACGCCACCACCAUGCACGCCAAGCCCGAGGUGGCCGCGCGGCAGAAGAUGGUGGACGACGGCUCCGGGGAGGUCGAGGUCUGGCGCGUGGAGGACCUGGAGCUGGCGCCGGUGGAGACGCGCUGGCUGGGCCAUUUCUACGGCGGCGACUGUUACCUCAUCCUCUACAAGUACCUCGUCAACAACAAGCUCCACUACAUCAUCUACAUCUGGCAGGGCCGCCACGCCAGCAAGGAUGAGAUCACCGCCUCGGCCUACCAGGCCGUCAUCCUGGACCAGCAGUACAACAACGCGGCCGUGCAGGUGCGGGUGCCCAUGGGCAAGGAGCCUGCCCACCUCAUGGCCAUCUUCAAGGGAAAGAUGGUGGUGUACGCGGGUGGCACCUCGCGGGCUGGCAGCACGGAGCCGGUGCCGUCCACCCGCCUCUUCCACGUGCACGGCACCAACGAAUACAACACCAAGGCCCUCGAGGUGACCCCGCGCGCCUCCUCCCUCAACUCCAAUGACGUCUUCGUGCUGAAGACGCAGGCCUGCUGCUACCUCUGGUACGGGAAGGGCUGCAGCGGGGACGAGCGGGAGAUGGCGAAGACCGUGGCCGACCUCAUCGCCAAAACAGAGAAGCUGGUGAUAGCCGAGGGCCAGGAGCCGGACAACUUCUGGGUGGCCCUGGGAGGGAAAUCCCAGUACGCCAACAGCAAGCGACUGCAGGAGGAGACCUUGUCGAUAACACCCCGCCUCUUUGAAUGCUCCAAUCAGACCGGCACGUUUGUGGCCACGGAGAUCACCGAUUUUAACCAGGACGACUUGGAGGAUGAUGACAUCUUCCUGCUGGACACCUGGGACCAGGUGUUCUUCUGGAUUGGGGAGCACGCCAACGAGACAGAGAAGAAGGAGGCGGCCGUGAUGGCGCAGGAGUACCUGAGAUCUCACCCCAGCGGGCGCGACCCUGACACGCCCAUCAUUGUGGUGAAACAAGGCUACGAGCCCCCGACUUUCACGGGCUGGUUCCUGGCCUGGGACUCCCUGAAGUGGAACGACAGGAAAUCCUACGCGGAGCUCAAAGCUGAGCUGGGAGAGGACAGCCAGUUCAGCCAGCUGACGACCGAAAUCACAAGCCAAGACGUUUUCACUGCCAACACCACCUUCGGCUCAAGGACCUUCCAGACCUUCCCCCGGGAGCUGCUGGUGAACAAGUCCUUGGAUGAGCUGCCCGAGGGAGUGGACCCUAGCAGGAAGGAGGAGCACCUGUCCAGUGACGAUUUCACCGUGGUCUUCGGCAUGCCCCGGAAUGCCUUUGCUGCCCUGCCCCUGUGGAAGCAACAGAAGCUCAAGAAGGAAAAGGGCCUCUUCUAA